AUGUCGAAUGUUCAACUUAUCCACGUCCCCCAUCUGGGCGGCAUCGACGCCGCCUACCGCCUCUCCCAGCCCUUUGACGCCUCCAAGCCCACCCUCGUCCUGAUAAACAGCUUCACCACGUCCUCCGAGCUCUACGCCGCGCAAUUCUCCAGUCCCGCAUUGACGUCCAAGCUGAACCUCCUCGCCAUCGAGCUCCUCGGCCAUGGCCAAACCCGAGCCGCCUGUGAGCACUGGACGUACUGGGACACCGCAAUCAUGAACCUCCAGGUCAUGGAUGCGCUACAUAUCCAAAAGGCCUUUGUUCUGGGCACUAGCCAAGGCGGCUGGGUUACCGUGAGGAUGGCCCUCCUUGCUCCGGAACGGAUCCAAGGAAUCAUCCCGCUAGGCACCUCCAUGGAUUCAGAGUCUCCACGCACCCGCGCUCUGGGAUGCUGGGACCCGCUUCAAUCCUGCUCCGACCUGAUCGACUCCUGGUCCAGUAACACCCCGACCCCGGAUUUCUCUCCCGACCAAUCUUUCUGCGAUUUCCUCGUCAACUCAGGCUUCGGCGCCAAUUGCCCCGCCGACGUUCGUGCCUUUUGGAGCAGAACACUCCAGUCCAACUAUCGGGGCGACGACGGACGCAAGCGAAUCAGAAUGGCCGCAAUCAACCUUCGCGAUCGAGAUACCUUGCACAGCCGACUACCGGAUGUUCGCUGCCCGGUGCUCUGGAUGCACGGGACAAGCGAUGUGGUGUAUUCGGUCGCCAAUGCAAACGAAGAGAUCAAAUUGUUUGUCAAUUCGCCCGAGGCUACAGUCGAUGUUGUCGAAGGCGGGCAGCACUUUUUGAGUUUUUCAAACCCGGAAGAGGUGGAGCGGAAGGACAUGGGACGAGCGUUCGCUGCGUCACCCGAGCCGCAUCAGACGUAA